CAGUGUUGCAGCGUGCGCAAGGCUACUACUAUUCUCUUCCAAGGAGGGAACUUUACGCAACUUGUUCAGCUGAUUUUUUUCUUCUAUUACCAAAUAGAAGUUUGGCAAAUAAUGAGUUUUAUUUGUGUUGUUUAAAACCUUCAAGCCGUCAGUGAUUUGUUUACUAGCAACUCCGCAUAACAGCAAAGACGAGGUAUUUACUCAAGAAACAGACCCAUGUCAUCCUUUGUCAACGGACACUGACAGUCAGCGGACAGCGCCGUUUCUUCUCUCUUUUUUUUAGGUGACACUUUUCAGAGUCGCUCUCUUGUUCACUGAAGUUUCGCGUAUCGCAUAACUGAGUUAAGGAGCUGGGCAACAGAUGUUUGGGGUCUCAGAUUCUGGCUGUUGAAACUAGGGCAAGAAGGCGCUGUGGUGCAAGAACUUUUCGGACUCUAUGGAUCACCAAGAGGACUCAUAACUCAAGGAUGCCAUAGAGGGCACUAACAGGACCAUGCCCUCUCCGCUUGAGUUUGGCAAAGACUUGACUUGAGGCGCAUUUUCUUCUGAAUAUAAAAGUCAUCUUAUCUGGUUUGCAUUUCACUGAUCUGAAGCCAUGGCUUCCGAGGUGGUGUGUGGAUUGAUCUUCAGAUUGCUUCUACCAGUGUGUCUUGCAGCAGCAUGUCUGUUCCGGUACAACUGGCUGUCACUCGUCUACCUCAUAUACCUCCUGCUUAUCCCACUUUUCGCCGAGCCAACGAAGACAACGAUGCAAGGCCACACGGGGCGCUUGCUGAAAUCUCUCUGCUUCACCAGCAUGACCUUCCUACUGCUGCACAUCAUCUACCAGGUCACCAUUAACAGUCUGCUGGCGGGAGAGAAUAUCGAGCCCAACUUCAACUGUUCUUCGUGGGAGAAGUCGAUUCGACAGCUGGGCUUUGAGAGUGUGCGAGGGGCGGAUGCGGGGAAUGGGAUCCGUGUGUUCAUCCCCGACAUCGGCAUGUUCGUGGCCAGCCUGGUCACCUGGCUCCUCUGCCGCAGCCUGGAGAGGCCACCAGUGAAGGACCCGCAACACAACACUGACUUCACGGAGGCUGGCAAACAGGAGCAGGAGGAUGAAGAGGAGGAGAAGGAGGAGGAAAAGAUCGGUCAGAAGGUGGAGUUGGAGGACGAGCUGCUGUUCGAAGAGGAUUGCCAACUAGACGAGGGGGAGCUGGUAGAGGAGGUAGACGAGGAGGAGGGGGAGGAAGAGGAGGAGGAGGAGAUGAAGGAGCCGGAGGAGAGCACCAAGAUGAAGAUCUUACGUCAGAUCGCCGGCUUGGCAACCAAACUCAAGGAGAUCAUUGGCGAUCUGAUUACCAGCGCUGGGAAAGUGGUUGUAACCAUAUUACUGGGCCUGGCAGGGAUCAUGCUGCCCUCCCUCACCUCUACUGUCUAUUUCUUCACCUUCCUGGGCCUGUGCACCUGGUGGUCAUUUUGUCGCUCAUUUGACCCGCUGGUCUUCAGCUGCCUGUGCGUGCUGAUGGGCAUCUUUAGCGCCGGCCACCUCAUCGUGCUCUACCUCUACCAAUUCCAGUUCUUCCAGGAGGCCGUGCCCCCCGGAGACUACUAUGCCAGUUUAUUUGGCAUCUCCCCGGUGAUCCAGAUUAACUGCUCCCACACUUGGAUGUUCAAGGUCAACCCGGCGUUGCCGUGGCAUCACUUUGUCAACCCCAUCAUGCUCCUGGUGUUGUACUACACCCUGGCCACGCUCAUCCGCCUGUGGCUGCAGGAGCCGGUGGAGAUGGAGGAGGAGGAGGAGGAGGAGAAGGGGGCUGAGGAAGAGGAGGAGGAGAAGGAGCUGAAGAGUAAUGACGAUUUCAACACGGCAGAAAAGAAGAGAGAGCUGUGGAGGAUGACACACUACAAAACAGAUGAGAGAAAUCUCAUCUCCACGCAGGAUGGCUAUAGCACUCCAGAGGUGUUGAUUGUGACCUCCAACGGACUUCCGGUGACCUUGGGUUCUGGUGCUCCUCAUGAGAAGGGACCCACAAGUCUGGAUCUGUAUUCCAUGCCUGAGUACGCACCGGGUCAGUCUGGAUCAGAACCAGAGUGUAUGGACACCAGUGUGUACGAGAUCGAGCGGCCGCUGAGAAGCGACUCCUCAGAGGCUGGGGAGGACAAGGAUGACCGCCAGGGGGGCCAGAUGAGGGUGAACUCAGCUGUCAAGGCUUUCGCUUUCAUCAUGAAGCAGAGCUACAUCUGCGCCCUCAUCGCCAUGAUGGCGUGGAGCAUCACCUAUGUGAGCUGGCUGACCUUCGUCUUCCUCAUCUGGUCGUGCACGCUGUGGAUGGUGCGUGACCGGCGCAAAUACGCCAUGAUCACCUCGCCCUUCAUGGUGUUCUACGGAAACCUGCUCAUCGUCCUGCAGUACAUCUGGAGCUUUGAGGAGUUGGGCCCCGUGCCAGGGCUGUUCCUGAAGAAGGAGGUGCCUUUCAGGGAAUUGGGCUCCAAGAUGCUGUGUCUCCUGAGUUUCUGGCUGCUGCUGCGACAGGCGCUAACAGAGCGCAAAGACAGGCAGCGGGAGGAGACGGAGACAACGCUGUCAGACAUCAAAGUAGAGGACCAGAAGAGAGAGAAGAAGGAUGAGGAGGACGAGGCUGGAGGCCAGCGGGAGAUGAUAAACGUGUUGGGCAGCACGGUCAUGGCCAUGUUCAACAAGUACUGGAUCUACAUCUGUGCGGGCAUGUUCUUCUUCGUUAGCUUCGAGGGACGCAUCGUCAUGUACAAGAUCAUCUAUAUGAUGAUGUUCCUCUUCUGUGUGGCCCUCUAUCAGGUUCACUAUGAGCACUGGAGGAGGAUACUGAAGUACUUCUGGAUGUCAGUGGUGGUCUACACCAUGCUGGUGCUGAUUCUGGUCUACACCUUCCAGUUUGACUCCUCCAUACACGUAUGGUCAAACAUGACAGGCAUGAGCACUAAAGAACUGGAGGAUCUGGGCCUGGAGAAGUUCUCAGUGCCGGCACUCUUCACGCGGAUCUUCCUCCCUACGUCCUUCCUGCUGGUGUGCAUCCUGCACCUGCACUACUUCCACGAGCACUUCCUCCAGCUCACCGACAUCAAGUCUGUGGCCGAUAAGCAGAAGAGCCCCAUCACCAGGCUGGUCCAUCUGGACGGCAGCCUGGCCGAUAUCUCCAUGAUCAAACCCACGCUGAACUCCACCACUAAGGACGAGGAAGCUGGGGAAAAGGUCAACUUAGAGGAGGAGGAAGAGGAUGAGGAGGAGGAGGAGGAGGAGGUCAUGAAGAGGAGAGAUGAUGAAGUGCCGUGUUUGCCGAGCAAAGUGGACGGGUUUUCCUGCCACCCAGAGCCUGCCACUGACAUAGGAUCAGACCUGCGUAAUAAGUGGAGCCUGGUGGUGGAGCGUCUGACGGUGCUCUUCCUCAAGUUCCUGCAGUACAUGCAGCAGCUGCAGCUGCUCAUUUGGUGGCUGCUGGAGCUACACAUCAUCAAGAUCGUCUCCUCCUACAUCAUCUGGGUCUCCGUCAAAGAGGUGUCCCUCUUUAACUACGUGUUCCUGGUGAGCUGGGCCUUUGCUCUCCCGUACAGUCAGUUCCGGCCGCUGGCGUCCAGUGUUUGCACGGUGUGGACCUGCGUCAUCAUCGUCUGCAAGAUGCUGUACCAGCUGAACUCCAUCCAGCCUGCCACCUAUGCCAAGAACUGCAGCAUGCCUCAGAACUACACGGAGGCUGAAAGGGCGGACAUGGCCCGCUCACUGCUCUACAGCGCCCCCAUCGACCCCGCCAACUGGGUCGGCCUCAAGAAGUUCUCUCCUCUGCUGGAGAAUCUGAGGAACAACCUGAUGAUGCUGGCCCUGCUGGCGUUCGAGGUGACCGUCUACCGGCACCAGGACUUCUACCGCAUGCGCAACAACCUCACGGCCCCCGUCACCAGGACCAUCUUCCAUGACAUCACGCGCCAACACCUGGACGACGGCAUCCUCAACUGUGCCAAGUAUUUCAUCAACUACUUCUUCUACAAGUUUGGCCUGGAGACAUGUUUCUUGCUGGCGGUGAAUGUCAUUGGCCAGCGUAUGGACUUCUACGCCAUGCUGCACGCGUUUGGCCUGAUCACUGUGAUGUACCAGCGCCGGCGGAAGGCCAUCGCUCAGAUCUGGCCCAAGUAUUGCUGCUUCCUGGCCUGCAUGCUCACCUUCCAGUACCUGGUGUGCAUCGGGAUCCCCCCCUCCGCCUGCUCAGAUUAUCCAUGGAGAGCUCCCUCAUCCAGCAUGGACUCCAAUGUGGUGAAGUGGCUGUACUUCCCAGACUUCCACACGAGACCCAACCCACUCUUCCUCCUCUAUGACUUCAUGCUGCUGUUGGGUGUCUCGCUCCAGAGACACGUCUUUGAAGAAGAGAAUGAAGCAGCCGUGCGUCUCGUUGCCGGGGACAAUGUGGAGAUCUGCCGAGACCUUGACGCUGCAUCGUUCAGCCAGCACAACCCAGUGCCAGACUUCAUCCACUGCAGGUCUUACUUGGACAUGUUGAAGGUGAUCAUGUUCAGCUACCUGUUCUGGUUCGUGCUCACGAUCAUCUUCAUCACGGGAACCACGCGUAUCAGCAUCUUCUGCAUGGGCUACUUGGUGGCCUGUUUCUACUUCCUGCUCUUCGGCGGAGACCUGCUGCUCAAGCCAAUCAAAAGCAUCAUGCACUACUGGGACUUCCUGAUCGCCUACAAUGUGUUUGUGAUCACUAUGAAGAAUAUCCUCUCGAUAGCGGCCUGCGGGUAUAUAAAGUCCUUGGUUGCCAACCACUGUUGGCUGAUCCAGUUGUUCAGUUUGGCGUGCACUAUAAAAGGCUAUUCCCGACCGGAGCAGCAGGCUACCAAGCAGUGUGAGUUGCCUAGCGAUGAAGCUGGCAUCAUUUGGGACAGCAUUUGCUUUGCCUUCCUGUUGCUACAGCGACGAGUCUUCAUGAGCUACUACUUCCUGCACGUAGUAGCUGACAUUCGCUCCUCACAAGUGCUGGCCUCCAGGGGAGCCGAGUUGUUCCAGGCCACCAUCGUGAAGGCGGUCAAAGCCAGGAUUGAGGAGGAGAAGAAGUCCAUGGACCUGCUGAAAAGACAGAUGGACCGCAUCAAGAGCCGGCAGCAGAAGUUCAAGAGGGGGAAGGAGAGGAUGCUGAGCCUGGCCCAGGACUCAGGAGAGGGUCAGGGCGGGGUCAGGGAGGAAGAGGAGAAGGACGAAGGAGAAACAAAGGAAAAAUCAAAAGGCAAAAGGAAACAGUGGUGGAGGCCUUGGGUAGACCAUGCAUCCAUGGUGAGAAGUGGAAGCUACUACCUGUUUGAGACAGACAGUGAGGAGGAGGAGGAGGAAGAGGAGAAAAAAGAGGAGCCUCCGAAGAAGUCUGCAUUUCAGAGAGCAAUCCGAAAAUUUGCCUCUGCUUUGCUGGCUUUACCAAAGUCUAUCAUUAGGCUACCCAAAACUAUACUGCAGUAUGUAAUCAGGGCUGCCAAGUUUGUGUACCAUGCCUGGAUCACAGACUCCAAGACAGCCAUGAAGGAACGCAGCAAGGAGAGGCGGCACUUCUGGCAGAGGUACACCGACGGACGUAAAGCCACCAGGAAGGACCAGCGGGAAGAACAUGUGGCCAUAGAGGUGGACAACCAGGAGGACGAUGGUGUGGAGGAGGAGCGAUCCGACGGGCCAGAUAACAUCCUGAAGCGAGUGUUCAACAUUGUGAAGUUCUCCUGGGUGCUUUUCCUGGCCCUGAUGGACAGCUUCACCGCCUGGCUCAACUCCAUCUGCCAGGAGUACAUGGACAUUUCCACAGUGCUGAGAAUCGAGCGCUGUAUGCUCACGCAGGAGGUCAAAAAGGGAAAUACUCCAUCCCGAGAGAGCCUGCAAGUGUACUACCAGAGGCAGAUGUGCCGGCCAUCGUCCUCACAGUCCUGUCUGGACCACUCGGAGGACAUUUUCCCAGCGUCCAGCCCCCGGCCCUCUCAGUUACAGCAGUCCGGCUUCGUGCUGGAGAGCCAUGGCUCUGCACUGUCCAGAGACAGCUUGUCCAGUGCGUACACAGAGUCGACUCUACUCUACUGUCAGUCCACACUGGAUCACUCGGAGGGGACCGUGGAGAAUGUCCCCAAGACCAGUGAACGUGCUCGGCCCAAACUGUGCAAGAUGACCGGGCUCGACCUGUCCUCGUCAGCAGAGAGCGCCACCAGCAGGGCCUCCAGUGAGAAGACCCAGUGCACAGCGCUGUACUCCCGGCAGGGCACAAGCGACACCGUCGGCGAGGUCGACCUCGAGCACGAACAGAGGGGUCACUCGUCAGCCGAACACUGGGGCGCAGUUGGAGGAUCCCCAGAGACCCCUGAGGACGCGCCAUACCUCCCCGAAGACGAAGGGCCGCCUCACUGGAGAGACUCGGACCGCUCCCCGGAGUGGGACUCUGCCGGCUGGACGCCGGCUGACAGCCCUGACGCGGAUGGACCGUCGUCACGGACAUUCCCGGCAGCGGCGGACAUCCCGCCCUCCUACAGCAAGGCCACGGGGCUGGACCAGGUGUGCGGCGGCGCAGGUGUGCCGUGUGGUAACCGUGACGACAGGCGCCUGAGGAUAAUGGAACCUGAUGACAGGAUGGAUUACCUGAGCGACGAAGCACUGCCCUCCCUCACCCACGAGAUGACGGCCAGCGAGCUGCUGCAGAGCAGGAUGUUUUUUGACGAGGAGCUGGAGGAGUCUGAGCGCUUCUACAGCGGUCAGCCCCCACUGCUGCAGCUCUGCUACGCCCUCUACAACAUGCUGGUGGCCCACUCGGAGAUGGUCUGCUACCUGGUCAUCAUCCUGAACCACAUGAUCUCCGCGUCCGUGGCCACGCUCGUGCUGCCCAUCCUCAUCUUCCUCUGGGCCAUGUUGUCCGUGCCGCGGCCCAGCAAACGCUUCUGGAUGACCGCCAUCGUCUACACGGAGGUCACCAUUGUGAUCAAAUACUUCUUCCAGUUUGGCUUCUUCCCAUUCAACCAGAACAUUGAGGUGGACAAGAGCAAGCCCUUCCACCCCCCCAACAUCAUCGGUGUGGAGAAGAAGGAGGGCUACGUCCACUACGACCUGGUGCAGCUGCUGGCCCUCUUCUUCCACAGGUCAAUCCUCAAGUGCCAUGGCUUAUGGGACGAGGACGAGCACAGAGCCGAUGUUGGCAAACCAGCACGUCACCGCGGCAACUCAGACGGUGGUGGGCGAUCGCGGUCAUGGCACGAGAAAUCACCUGAGUCUGUCCACCCACGCUCCCCCCUCCGCCAGCACGGCCAGGGUCUGACACGGCUACACACACGCGGCGUGGUGCGACGACAGAGCUCGGCCGCUGGCUCACACGUCUCACACAGAUCCAUGCACUCCAAAACAGGCAGUUCAGGCACACGCGGGACUCUUCGAAGGGGAGGCAGCUCUCUGAGCAUCCAACAGAAGAGUCGCAAGGAGCUCAUCAUGGAGAAGCUCAGGGAGCAGAUGAUCAAGGCCAAGAGGUUCACUGUCAAAACCACUCUUGAGAUCUACAUCCCCAUUCGCCAGUUCUUCUAUAACCUGAUCCACCCGGAGUACAGCGCGGUGACAGACGUCUACGUGCUCAUGUUCUUGGCCGACACUGUGGACUUCAUCAUUAUUGUCUUUGGAUUUUGGGCCUUUGGGAAACAUUCUGCUGCUGCUGACAUCACUUCCUCCUUGUCGGAGGACCAGGUUCCCGAGGCCUUUCUGGUCAUGGUGCUGAUCCAGUUUGGCACGAUGGUAGUGGACCGAGCUCUGUACCUCAGAAAGACCGUCAUGGGGAAGGUCAUCUUCCAAGUGAUCCUGGUGUUUGGAAUCCACUUUUGGAUGUUCUUCAUUCUCCCAGGAGUCACAGAAAGGCGGUUUAGUCUAAACACGGUGGCCCAGCUGUGGUACUUUGUGAAGUGCAUCUACUUCGGUCUAUCAGCUUAUCAGAUCCGCUGUGGCUACCCCACCAGGGUGCUGGGAAACUUCCUCACCAAGAGCUACAACUACGUCAACCUCUUCCUCUUCCAAGGAUUCCGGUUGGUGCCGUUCCUGACAGAGCUGCGUGCGGUUAUGGAUUGGGUGUGGACAGACACCACCCUCAGCCUGUCCAGUUGGAUAUGUGUGGAGGACAUCUACGCCCACAUCUUCGUGCUCAAGUGUUGGAGGGAGUCUGAGAAGAGGUACCCUCAGCCCAGAGGUCAGAAGAAGAAGAAGGUGGUCAAGUACGGCAUGGGAGGGAUGAUCGUCAUGCUGCUCAUCUGCAUCGUCUGGUUCCCGCUGCUCUUCAUGUCGCUGGUCAAAUCUGUGGCCGGUGUGGUCAACAAACCCCUGGACGUGUCCGUCACCAUUACACUAGGGGGCUUCCAGCCCAUAUUCACCAUGAGCGCUCAGCAGAAUCAGCUCAAGGACAUCACCGACGACGACUUUGAAAAGUUUGUGAACUCCUACACCUACGUUCCGAGUGCUAUGCAGUUCUUGGAAGCCUACACUAAGGAGGACAUCACGGUGGCCGAGCUCGAGGGGAGCUCCAACUCCCUCUGGACCAUCAGCCCCCCCAGCAGGAAGAACCUGAUGGACGUCCUGAGCAAAGAUGCCCCUUUUCCAGUCACCAUGACGUGGUCCAUCCAGAGGAAUUUUAGCCUUGGGGCCAAAGCUGAGGUUGCGAUGGAUAAACAUGUCACCUCCCUGGACAUGCCAACGAAACAAGAGCUGAUCGCUUUAUUAAACGGGACAAGGAAUAAGCCUGUGGUUAUAAAACAAGUCUUCCCUUGCUUCCUUCGUGCCCCGAGUGACUCCAAUGCCAAGCCCAUUGAUCAACUUUAUGGAGAGGACGGGUUUAAGGACAUCCUGCUGGCGCUGGAGAGGACUCACAACAACGAGAACGAGAUCCAGGAGUGGUGGAUCGUGGACCAGCCGUCGGCAGGCCAGAUGCAGAUGAGCAGCGCCGCGGGGAGGAAGGUGGCGGCCGGCCUGCAUCUCUACGUGUUCAGCGAUAAAGUCAGCCCUCCGAGCCUCAGCUUCCUAGCCGGAUACGGCAUCAUGGGACUUUAUGCCUCUGUGGUGCUCGUCAUCGGGAAGUUUGUGCGCGAGUUCUUCAGUGGCAUCUCGCACUCCAUCAUGUUCGAGGAGCUGCCGUGCGUGGACCGCAUCCUCAAGCUGUGCACGGACAUCUUCCUGGUGCGGGAGACCGGCGAGCUGGAGCUGGAGGAGGACCUGUACGCCAAGCUCAUCUUCCUCUACCGCUCGCCAGAGACUAUGAUCAAAUGGACCAGAGAGAAGACCAAAUGAGGGCUUCCAAGCCCCCCCCAAAUCCCCAAAGAAAAACAAAUCGGCCUGCUGUGACUGAUGUUCAGAGAGGGUCUUGAGGAGGAGGAUGUGACAUACAAAAUAAGAGUAAGAGAGGGGUGCAGAAGAAGCACAACGAGUGGCAGGUGGAGCCCUGCACUGGACAAGCCCUCCACUGGACACUGAUGCUGGAGAGGUCACCCCUCCUCCGCCUCCUCAGGGAGGACCCCUCUCCGCCUUCCAUUAAAUGUGACCUGAAACGUGAAGUACAGUAUGUGUCAUGUUAAUGUGUAUGAUGAUUUCGUGUGCACAACCUGACUCUGAAGAACUGUAGCCAGUCAGUCUUAUCAGCGUGGUGUGAUCACCGGCCAGGCAGUGGGGUUAAACAAAAAGGGAAAUGGUGUCCCCACUGCCUGGAUUUAGCCUCUUGUGUAUGGGGUAAAUAUAUGAACCUUCAGUUGUGCAAUAUUAUAAGUUAAAUACACCGUCCUGGUAGCUGGCUGUAAACUUGAAGCAGAGGAAGGGGGCAGUGACUGAAAGACACUUGCCACUUUUGAAGAUAUUUUGUUGUUGUUGUUGUCAUUUUGUUUUGAUUUUCUGAACUUGGAGGUGCGCUUGGGUACUUUGGAGAAAUAACAGAAACAAAGGGAAGCUAGAGACUCAGUGAGAUGCACCAGAGAGACCAAGUCGUGUUUGCUUUAUUUGGUUUUGAUGUCAGAUAGGAAUAAAGAUGGGAGCUGUCAUUGUUCUCAGGAAAUGAAUCUCAUCUCAGUAGGAUGUGGCUUGUGAUAUAGGAAUGUGUGUUCCUAACUGUUGUGAAGUGACUUGUCCUCUUUGUAUAAAAGAGGGAAAUGUGGUGUAAUUGUGGUUUAAUGGCCUGAGAAUAAAGCACAUUUUGGAUUGCUA